AUGGUGAAAAAUAGAAAAAUUCAAAAGGGAUCCCACCGCAGAGGGGCAGAGGAAGCCCAGAGGGGUGGAUCAAAUUAUGACGGCACACACAGAAAGCAACGUGGUAGUUCCCAACACAACGGUAGGAACACCAAACUGAUGCAUGAAAGAAAUUUACAAAAUAGCUCGUUCACAAAUUUUGAAGAAUUAAGCAAAAAACACACCUUUCUGAACAUAUUUUUACGCAAAAAUAAUAGUGGGAAAUUAUUUUAUAAUUUUGAAAAAUCGCUAGCUAUUUACUUCCUCAGUAAAGCUACGCUGAAGGAGUACUACGAUCUCAACUUUUAUUUGCCAUAUGUAGAAUGCAAAAAACUGGAUAGGACCUUGGAACACAUAACUGUAGUAUCGAAAGGUGAAGAUGGCGAUUAUGUUACUGUUCAGGUUAAUGAUCUAGCCCAGUUUAAGAAUACCCUUUUGAUCAAGUAUAAUGAGUACAACCACAUGCUACUAAAUUUGAAAAGUGAAAAGGAAGAAUGUGUCCUGAUCAAUGAGAGUACCUCCAUAGAGGAGGAAUGUGGGGGUAGGAAAAACUUCCUUUGUCCGAACAUUCCUGGAAGGGCUAAUUACAUGCACUAUAUAGCCGAUUUGACUGCGCUGCCGAAGGUUCCGGGGGAAGGGGCCUCCAAAGGGGACAAACAUGGUGAUAAUCCUGAUGAAAGAACUAGCGAACGGAUUGGCGAACUGUCUGUGGAACAGCUAGACAAAUGCGCACCCUGUUUGCGGGAGACCAAUGACGAGGGGAAGGACACCCUGCUGCGUGGCAGCCAAAUAAAAGUACUAGACAUUGGGGUGGGCUCAAACUGCAUAUACCCACUACUCGGGAAUUGCAUAUACAAUUGGUCCUUCGUAGGGGUAGAUAUAAACUUAGAUUCUUUGAAACUUUGCUACUUAAACGUUUUACUAAAUAACAAAGAGGACAUGAUAGUGCUCAAGUAUCAAAACAAUCCCAGGAAAAUAUUUCAUAACGUUGUAAAUAAUUCAGACUUUUUUUUUUUCUCCAUUUGUAACCCCCCAUUUUACAGUUCCUUGGAUGAAGUUAACAGAAACCCCUUUCGAAACAUCGGUGCCCACGUGAACGAAGUGGUUUAUUUUGACACCGAAGAAGGUGCAUCUACAGAGUCGCAAAAGGUGGACGACCAGCUUGGCACCACCGGAGAGGAUAAAACGAUCCGUAGUGAGCAGAUCGAAGCAGAUAUGGAUAAACCUCCCAGGGCGAAAGAUGAUAAUCUAAACACCAAUUAUCCCUUCGGUGCAUCCUACAAUAAUGAGGAGGAACAUUUCAGUGGGAUCAAAGAAGAAGUGGAUGAGGGUCUGCAAAAAAGUGAAAUAAAAAAUGACCUACCUAGCGGUCGUGUCGGGGGUGAGUACGGUUUUAUCCUAAAUAUGAUUAAGGAAAGUAAAUCCCAUUUUUACAACGUAGUGUGGUUCACCAGCUUGGUGUCCAAAUUUAAGAAUGUGAAAUUAAUAAAAAAGGAAAUAAUAAAGUCCAUGCGAUUGUACACUGUGGAUAACAAAAAACAAGUCAAUUUUCUGGAUGCCCUUACACGGAAUGACAUGCAUUUUGAUGAGCACCUCCGUUGGAAGAAGGUAGAGGGGUGCUCCUUCCCUGUGCAUAUAGCGCAGCAUCGAAUUUUCGAGUCUUACACAGGAAGAAUAACCAGGUGGAUCGUUUGCUGGUCCUACUACGGAGAGGAGCAAAUCGACCGCCUAAAAAAGCUGCUGCAGGUGCGAAUUUGUAAUACGUGA